AUGGCCCCCCAAGACUCCGUCGUUGUCGAUGAAAGGGACGUCGACUCUUCAUCGGGCCCGGUGCAGAAGGAUGUUAAGAAGAGAUGGGUGAGCUAUAUCUGGGAUACAUUUGACAAGCCGCCGGAGGAGCGGCGGUUGUUGUUCAAGUUGGAUACGGCUAUUCUUACUUUUGCUUCCCUCGGUUACUUUAUCAAAUACUUGGAUCAGGUUAACAUUAACAAUGCAUUUGUAUCGGGGAUGCAACUUAAUUAUAUACAAGCAUGCUGGACCGUUGGCUAUGUCAUUGGCGAAAUCCCGAGUAAUAUCCUUUUGACUCGAGUCCGGCCCAGAUAUUGGAUUCCGGCUAUGGAGCUCCUAUGGACGGUUCUUACUUUAUCUCUGUCAAAAUGCAAUACUCCAACUCAAUUCUACGUCUUGCGAUUCUUUGUCGGCCUCGCAGAAAGCACAUUCUACCCCGGCAUGCAAUACAUCAUCGGCUCGUGGUACCGCAAAGACGAACUCGCCAAGCGAUCCUGCAUCUUCCACACCAGCAGCGGCAUCGCAAGCAUGUUCUCGGGCUAUCUCAUGGCCGGUGUAUACAACCUAGAAGGGCGCGGUGGUUUCAGAGGCUGGCAAUGGCUCUUUCUAAUUGAUGGUAUCAUUUCUCUUCCUAUAGCGAUAAGCGGCUUCUUCGUCUUGCCUGAUGUUCCUGAGAUUUCGAAUCCGUGGUAUCUUAGUGAGAAGGAGGUGGCGCUUUCGCAGAAACGGAUGGAGUUGGAAGGGCGAAAGCCUCGAGAGCCGUAUACUAAGUCGAAGUUGAAGAAGAUUUUCACUUCGUGGCAUAUAUGGCUUUUGACGAUUUUAUAUAUUGCAUUCAAUAAUGCUGCUGCGAGUAGCCAGCCGGUUUUUCAACAAUAUCUCAAAGCCUCCAAAGACCCAGUUUACGAAGUCUGGCAGAUCAACGCUUAUCCCACAACAACCAACGCAGUCCAAGUCGCCACGACCCUAAUCUACGCUUGGACAUCCGAUACUAUCCUCAAGGGGCGCCGUUGGCCACCCAUCAUCUUCGGCGCUAUAAUAAACAUCAUCUGCUACGUCUCCCUAGCAAUCUGGGACAUCCCCACUGGCUGGCAUUGGGCCUGCUAUAUCCUCGCCGGUUCAGGAUAUGGCUUGAGUGGUUUACUCAUGGCAUGGACGCACGAGAUUUGCUCCGAGGAUAAUGAAGAACGCGCCCUGGUUAUCGGAAGUAUGAAUGAAAUGGCGUAUGUCUUUCAGGCGUGGCUGCCGCAGGUUGUUUGGCAGCAGGUGGAUGGUCCGCAAUAUACGAAGGGUUUUAUUACGUCGAGUAUUUUGUCGGGGAUUUUGAUUAUUACGACGUUUGUUAUUAGAGGGUUGGAAAGGAAGGGGUUGUAA